AUGGAGGGGUUGAAGAAGUUGUUGAAGAGUAUGUUGUCGUCAAAAGUCAGAGCGUACAUAAAGGACUACUGCAAGAGGAAUGGCCUGCUGACACUCUCUGUCAUUGCUGUAAUAACGGGCUGUGUGCUUGGAUUCAUCCUCAGGUCGCUCAACCUGUCCACACAGGCUAAGAUCUACUUCUCCUUCCCUGGAGAACUGUUGAUGCGGAUGUUAAAGAUGUUGAUCCUUCCACUCAUCACCUCCAGUCUUAUGUCUGGCCUGUCCGCCAUGGACACGAAGGCAAGUGGUCGGCUGGGAGUUCUGACCAUUACCUACUACCUGUGGACGACCUUCAUCGCUGUCAUCGUCGGCAUCGUGUUUGUGCUCAUCAUCCACCCGGGCACGGGCUCAGAGAAAGAGGGCCACCAUACAAGUUCAGGGCCUGUUAUGACCUCCGCUGAUGCUCUGCUGGACCUUAUCAGGAACAUGAUCCCGUCAAAUCUAAUCGAAGCAACUUUUCAGCAGUACCGAACCGACCUGGUACCUAUUAUACAAAACUCUGAUGUAAAAGAGUCUCAGGCAAACUAUGUAUAUGUCAUGCCCGACUACCACAACCCUAAGCUAGGCCACCCAGUCUUCCUGGAGAUCACCCCUGCUCCUGACAUCAAGUAUAAAAUUGCCCCCAGUACCAGCAAGGGCAUGAACGUACUUGGGAUUGUCAUCUUCUCUGCCACCAUGGGUCUGCUGCUUGGGAAGAUGGGAGAACGUGGAGCGCCACUGGUCAAUGUGUGCCAGUGCAUUAAUGAAUGCGUCAUGAAGAUCAUUAACGCUGCCAUGUGGUACUUCCCCUUCGGCAUUGUGUUCCUCGUGGCAGGGAAGAUCCUGGAUAUGCAUGACCCGGCCCACCUGGGAGAGAAGCUGGGGAUGUACUUCCUCACAGUCCUGUCUGGUUUAUUUGUGCACGGCCUCAUCCUGCUUCCUAGCUUCUUCUACUUCUUCACUCGCAAAAACCCCUUCCCAUUUAUCAGAGGGCUGCUGCAGGCUCUUGUCAUUGCACUGGCCACAUCAUCCAGUUCAGCCACAUUGCCAAUCACGAUGAAGUGUCUCCUGGAGAACUGUGGAGUGGACCGGCAGAUCGCUCGCUUCGUGCUGCCAGUGGGAGCUACCAUCAACAUGGAUGGGACAGCCCUGUACGAGGCAGUGGCGGCCAUAUUUAUUGCCCAGGUCAAUGAGUAUGACUUGGACUUUGGCCAGCUGGUCACAAUUAGUAUAACAGCAACAGCAGCCAGCAUCGGGGCAGCUGGGAUCCCUCAAGCCGGUCUGGUUACCAUGGUGAUUGUCCUGACCUCUGUGGGGUUACCGCCUGCUGACAUCUCCCUGAUUGUGGCCAUCGAUUGGGUUCUUGAUCGGUUCCGGACGAUGAUUAAUGUUCUUGGUGAUGCCUUAGCUGCUGGGAUUAUGGCUCAUUUAUGUAAGAAGGACUUUGAGAAAGCAGCCGCUGCUGCAGCUACUACCUCUGCUGCUGCCAGUAAUGGAGGAGGCCCCCAACGGAGAGACACAGUAAUCUCCUUUGGUAAUCAGAGCGUGGCACUGUCAGAUGCUCCUCUCAUUGCACACCGCUGCGAUUAUGUCUUUGAGGUGGAUGGAGACAACGUGCUUGAGAAACCUGUGGGAUCCUACAACCUUUGUCAAGUCUGAGACACUUUUACAGGAUGGACAGCAAGGGAUACUGCCUUUUACAGCACAUAGAUUCACCUCUCAUUAGCAAAGGGACCGUCAUCAGAGGCCCGGAAAAGUCUAGUUUGGUUAAAAUCCAGUGAGGUUUCCGUCCUUAAUGAAACCAUCGAUUAUCUUGUGGUGACGGGGUUUAGCAGUUUUUUUGGAUUUUGCCUUUGCCAAGCCGAAAACUACUUGAUGUACUGUAUGUCUCUAUUCACUUUAAGCAGGAGUUGGGAGGAAAUGCACAAGUUUCACAUGUAACCUAAACAGACAAUAUGAAUGCACCUGCAGUUAUGAUAAUGUGUUGCACUGACAUGCAUUAGAUAGAUUAGUGUUCAUUGGUCAGUGGUGGUGACAGAUAAGAGAUUCACAGAAGAUGUACCCGAAUGCAGUUUGAUUGCAGGUUUAGACUUUAGUCAAGGUUUUGAGUUGCCUUAACAUGAUCUCAGUUUUGACAAUAAUUCUGAGAACUUGAAAGACUUGAAAGUAAACUGAUAGACAAGGAGAAAAUUCCUAUUGUUGAAGUGAACCUUUAUCUGUUAGA